AUGGGGAACGAAGCUGAUAACAAGUUCACUUGGGUGAUUAAGAAUUUCUCCUCUUUGCAAUCUAAGCAAAUCUAUUCUGAUACAUUUGUGAUCGGUGGCUGCAAAUGGCGUCUUCUGGCCUAUCCCAAGGGAAAUAUAACGCACAAAAUAUCGCCUAAUUGUAAAUCAGCUUUACGAAGAGCUCUCCGAAGUGCUAGCUUCAUCUUUCAUGACUUUACAGUAGCACGAGAACAAAGGUUUGAUAAAAAAUCUCCCACCUGGGGUUUCCGAGUUAUACUUCCCCUUACCGAGCUUCAGGCCAAAGAUGGUGGGUUUCUGGUGAAUGGAGAGUUGAAGAUUGUUGCUGAGAUUGAUGUUCUUGAAGUUAUUGGGGAGUUAGAUGUAUCAGAGGAAGCUGAGAGUUCAACACAACCUCUGAAAAAGAUGAAGUUGAAUGUGUCUAGUGUUGAAAGUGUUGAUGUCAGUGGGUUUCAAGUUCUUCCUGCACAAGUAGAAUCUGUGAAGCGUAUAUUUGAAAAAUAUCCAGACUUUGCAUCAAACUUACGUUCUAAGAAUCGGCAUCUGAAGUCAACAUACAUGAAUGUCCUCCUCGGACUAAUUGAGACACUGUGCCAGUCGCCUCAAGCGCUCUCUGAUGAUGAUUUGGAUGAAGCAUUCGUGGCAAAGGGAGGCUUUAGAGUGGAUUGGUUGGAGAAGAUGCUCGACGAAGUAAAGGCAAAAAAGAAGAAAAUGGACUCUGGUAAGGCUCGGCUGCAAGAAAUGGAGGAAGAGUUGCAGAAAUAUAAAUCUGAAAUGCUUGGAAUUGAAAGUUCUUCUGGAGAAGGAGAAAGGAGAUGUUUCGGCUGCUAG